UCAUGAGCAAUCAUACCGAAAAGUGCUUCAAGUCCCCAUGAGAAUGCCAAUCACUUGAAUGUCACCAUGAUGAUGAACGUGACAAUGAUACUUCUGAGUUUUAGUUGAGUAUAAUUGCAGCCGAGAGGAACCGGUUGUGGCGGGCGUAGAAGAAAAGAACGUGCGCUGCGCGCGUGGGCAUCAGUAGGUGCACGUCUCAAUCGAGCAGGAGGAACGGACGAAGAAGAGGACGUCGCAGAGGGGCGCGCGCGACGACGUCCACUCGCCACGCGCGCCGAAGACGACAAGGACUGGGCGGGCCUGCGCGCCAUUGGCGUGUGCUACCAUCGCGCGUGGCGAGGCCCGCAGCUGUUCGGAGACCAAUGGGCCCUCCCUGACUGCGGCAUUCCGACGAAAAAUUGCGCUCUUCUCGAAAGGGUCGACACCCGACUCGCAGUUCCGUUCGGGGCGGUUUCGCGCGCGGGCCCCUGUCGACACUUGCAUCGACGGAGUGCCGCUCUUGCGUAGAAUGAGGGUGGUCCCUUCACAGCAGCGGCAGCAGUUGCACCUGCAGUGAUCCCCGGGACCUCUCACUCGCUACCUCACUUGCUCCCGCGGCGGCGACGACGAUGGCCGCGCCCCUACCACCUGGGGGCUCGCCCGGCGGUGGGUCUCCCCGCGCAGCCGUGCCGCCCGGCGGUGGAUCUCCCCGCGCAGCCGUGCCGCCCGGCGGUGGAUCUCCCCGCGGCGCCGUGCCGACCGGCAUCGGUAUGCAGGUUAAUGUACCCCCGUCGGCUAAUCUACCUCCGCCUGUCGCGCCUGGGGUUUCGCCUGGGGCUUCGCCUGGGGCCAACUUGCCUCCACCGCCCCCACCCAUUGCAGAGACGGGCGAGGCACAGGCACAGCCGGGCGAUGCCAUUCAACCGGCGCCGGGCACGUUUCUGACGACCACGGCAGCGGACGCGCCUGUAGCGCAGGUGAUGACCGGUGCGAAGCAGGAAGGGCCCAAGAAGGAAUACAUGGCGGCCGUCAAGUCGUACGAGGAGCUUGUCGGCGAAAACGUAGUUCGCGGCAAGAUGUACCUGGAGAGUAAGCCGCAGUACGAGGCGGGACCCAUGCAGGGUGCAGGAUUCGGCGGUAUGGGAGGCGGCUUCGGGGGAUUGCCCAUGGGAGGCGGCUAUCCCCAAAUGAUGGGAGGCUACGACAGGUUCCCAAUGGGAUGCGACAGACCAUCGAUGGGAGGUGGCUACGGAGGUUAUGACAGGCCGCCGGACAUGUACGGACCUCCGAGGGACAGAUACUCGCCAGAUCGGGGCAGGUACCCGUCGCCCGACUAUGAUCGCCCUCCGAUGCGGGAACGGCCACGGAGUCGUAGGGAAGAUGACUUCUACUACGACGAGCUGCCCAGAGGAGCACCGUCUGAGACAAGGUUGCCCGUGACGAAGGAUUCCGAAAGCCGGGCUGAGCGCAUCAUCCAGAAGAUACGUCAGGACAUCGAGGCCUUCGACAAGGACGAUGUCGCCCCGGAGGACGCGGCGAACGUUCCGAGCAGCAAGCCCAGCGGAAGCUCUGAUAGGAGGCCGCGAGCGGGACCCCUGCGCGCCAUGAGGAGGGCAACAGAUGAUUACGAGGAUGACAUGGAGGUGCGACGCAGUCCGCGCCAGAGGUCGUCCUCGCACCGGUCACGGGAGGACAGCGAUGACUACGACAGACGUGGCCGAAGGAAACGAUCGAAAACGCGGUACGAAGACGAGGACAAGCAGCACCAUCACAAGUCCCGCAGGGACGAGUCAUCCUCCUCCUCUUCGUCUUCAUCGUCCGAAAACCGCCGAAACAAGAAGCGGCACGGUUCGAGUGACCACGGCCGCAAGCGCAGCGGUUCUAAGCGACGGAGCCGGACGCGGUCGAAGAGAAGGGACGAGGAAGACGAGAGGUCUGCAUCGCGUCGCUCCCGCAAGAAGUACCAAGGUAGGGAGGACGAGAUGCUUGAUCCUCGACCCACGACUGACCGCAACUUUAUGCAAGCCGGCAUGCUGUACCGAUACGAGAGCCAGCCGCUAAUGCUUGUCAAGGGAGAUGUCUACAAAAAGGAGGAAGGCGCAGCGGCGGAUGCGCCAGGACAGGACGCUCCGAAGAACCCCGAAGAAGGAGCGGCUCAACCGGCGAUGUUCCUGCCGCCGGACCAGUACCAGGACUUUCUUUUGGACGUCCGGGCUGGUAGGAAACGCUCGGGAUACCCUGUUCGUGGGACACCUUCGAAUGUGGCUCAGGAACUUGGCAGGUACCAUGACUUCCUUUGCAGCGUCUUACCAGAAGGUACCUCUCCUAAUACUCUGGCGGCCGAGGUUGGGAAGUACCGCCAGUUCAUCCUGGGAACGAACGGCCCCGGGCACGACAACUACGAGUUUCUUGUGGCUACUAACAAGGGCGUCGCGAAAGUUGUCAAGCCUUCUGCUGCUUCAUCGGCGGACAAUCUCGGGAAGUCCCCCGCCGGUUACCAGUCGUUCACGGUACAAGCGAAACCCCCUAGCGACAACGCGUUCGCGAUGCAGGCCAUGCCUCGCAGAAGUCCCAGCCGGCCGAAGGGCGAGCGCUACGAACACAUCGAAGAGACGCCGCAGCUCAGGACAGAGUGGUGGAGCCGCACAGCGGGCGCCUUUGACGGCACUGGAAGGCCCGCGUCCCGAAGCAGGUCGAUGAGGGGCCGCCGCGGGCUGGGGAGGUCCGCGUCCCCCCGCAUGAUUUCUCCACAGCGGCGCAAGGCGUACGACGACGAGAACGCCGAGGCGUACCAAGAGGCAAGCUUCGAGAUGGAGGGCCCCAUGGGACAGCAGUACGCACAGGUGCGCCUGUCUAGGCGAUCUGGAGACCCUGGCAGGAUGUACUCGAUGAACCGCAAGCUGUCACCCACCGCCGUCGGCUACGGAAGCCCGCCGCGUGUCUCGUCGCCAGAGAUGCUCGCCAUGCAGAUGCAGGGAAUGCAGAUGGGAGGAAUGCAGGGCAUGCAGAUGCAGGGCGUACCGAUGCAGGCGAUGCCCAUGCAAGGGAUGCCCAUGCAAGGGAUGCCCAUGCAGGGGAUGCCGAUGAUGGGGAUGCCGAUGCAGCCCAUGGCCAUGCAGCCGAUGGCCAUGCAGGGAAUGCCCGUCCAGUACGACCCUCGCUCCGGGCGCGUCCCGAUGCGCAUGGAUCGCAGGAUUCACCAGAUUCUCACUCAGCAGCAGGGAGGAGGAGGGCGCCACAACGCCCCCGUUGUGCAGGCGCAGUUAGACGGCGUCGAAGGUGUCAUGUUCAAGUACCAGAUUCAAAACGAAAGCAAGCAGCGUCAGGCGGACGACGGAGACAGCAAGACCAAAGACGUGUUCAUCGAGACGUCGAAGGAGCCCUCGAUAGAACGAGUCAUGAGCAACGUCGAAGUGCAGGUCGACGAGAAAAGGGUGUCCAAGGCGACCAACGCGCGUGUUAAGACCCGCGCGUCAUCGGCGGCGACGCACGACGCGGGGUCCAGGAAAAACGCCGAAGCUCAGGCAGAGAUCGAAGAAAUGCCUCACGUUAGCUUCACGAGGGAUCCCAACUUCGACUCCCCCCCGCUCGGGUAUCCGUUUCCCAUGAUGCAGCCGCCUUCGCCUCCGCCGUCCCAGGUCAUCUCAACGACUACAGUGCACACGCAUCAGCACCACCACCACUAUCACGACCCGCAGAAGAACUACAAGAUCGCCUACUUGCUCCCAAAGAGCGGCGGCAUCAGGAGGGACAGGUCCAUCCAGGACCACGACCGCUACGAGGACCAAGAGCCGCUGGGCGCCGCCGUAGGCGUGCAGUGCAUGUCUUUGUACGAGAGGUUUAUGAACUGGAUCUAUCCGGACACGAAGCAGACGGAGGAUGUGAGUCUGAUGACGGACGCAGAGGAACUCACCGAGGACAGGAAACAAUCCGGCAAGAAGGGCAAGAAGGGUGCCAAGAAGGACGCCGAGGGCAAGUUGGAGGACGGCAAGAAAGACGAUAAGAAGGUCGUUGGCAGUGAGCCGGAAGCUGAAGCGAAGGGCAAGUCCGCCGAGGCCAUCGAGAAAGGCGAAGGCAAGGACAAGGAAAAGCAGGAAGAAGAGAAGAAGAAAGUGCCUCGUGGUCCUCCGAUACCGGUCAACCUGCCGUGGCAGGGACACGAGUACGAGUACGAAGAGCACAUCAAGCCCGACGGGACACGCGUCGGUACAUACCGCUACAAGGGUCUGGGCGGCGCGCCGAAGUACCCCGACGACGAAGCUCCAUCCAAGGGAGCGCUGAGGCUUCCCGACAACCAAGCGUCCAGCGAGCCCGCGGCCUUCGAGGCGACGACAACUCGAAUGGAGAUGGACGGGCAGCAGUUUUGGCAGCGCGAGAUUCGCCCCAUACCGGGCAGUGCUCGCGCGGCGCCGAUGGCGCCCAUGUCGCGAGAGGUGCACCAGAGGCGCGAGAGAGAGCAGCCGUCGGCUCGGUCCCUGUCGACCCCGCAGCACUUGCGCGUCAACGCCCAGACGAGGGCGCGCGUCGUGGAACGAGGUGGAAACAACCUUCCCGACAACUUCGUGCCCGACGUCCAAAUUCGGGUGGACUUCGGCGACACCUCGGACAACAGCGGCUCGCGCGACUCGAAAAACAAGUCCAGCGGGGGUGCUUCGUGGCAGCCCGCCGACAUGGUGGUCUCGUACGCGCACAAGAACUUUGACGACAAGAACAUGUUGGACGAUGAAGAUGACGACGACGACAUGCUGCCGUCCGGACACGUCUACGGAGGUCACGGCUCCACUAAGAAGCUCAUUAGGAGGGGCCGCAAGGUGCGCGGCAUGCCGAACAAGGAGCUGAUGGCGUACUCCAUGGUGGUGGUCGUGGCCGUCGUAGGCCUUGCGCUGCUCAUCACCAUGAGCGGCCACAGGACUCAGUCGAGGCAGCCUUUCGGACUGGAUCGCCACCUCGUCCUGAACGCUUCCAAGUUCAAGGCAGUCCAGGCAGGCCCAGCCAACGGUGGCUUCUGGCAUGCUGCGCCUCCAGUAUGCAGAGAUGCUCGAUGCUUGACCAGAGGUUCGGCGUACAUCAAGCAUCUGACCAAGGACUACUUGAAGUCCGCCUGUUCGGAUUUCUACCAGUUCGUGUGUGCCCACCGAGACGUGACCGAGUCGCCUCGCAUCAUUGCCCACCGUGCCCUCGAAGACGGCGUGCUCAACGUGAUCAAGUCCCAGGAGAAAUACCCGGAACUGAUGACAGCCAGGCACCUGUACAAGGAGUGCUUGAACAAAGAGGCGAUAAGUGAGCGCGGCUGGGACCCCCUGGCCGAGCUCCAGGAGUCCACCGACCUGUCUGGCUGGCCCUUCACCGACCCCGUGCAGCAGCCGCUCAUCUGGCGCGCCGCGGCCCGGCUGCUGCGCCGGUUCAACCUGCCCGCACUGCUCUCCGUCGGGGUGGAGAAGCACCCGCACAAGCGCGGCGCCAGCAUACUCUCGAUCGGCCAUCCCGAACUGCUGCUGCCCCCGCGGGUGGGCAACCGGUCGCUGAAGUGGUACUACGGCGCCGUGAUGCACGCGCUCGGCCCGUUCCGCGAGCGGCUCGUCAUCCCGGUGUUCGCCGUCGAGGUGUCUGCGUUCGAGAGCCGCCUGGCCAACAUGCUGCGCGCGCAGCCCAGGGUGGCCGUCGAGAAGCUCGCCGACCACCCGGAGCUGGCCGAGUUUCUGAGCAUUGCCCUCGAGAACAUCACCCACGUGACCAAGUCCACCGAGUUCCUGGUCAAGGACGUAGAGUUUGUCAACGAUCUCGUGACCGCCAUCAAGGAGACGGCCCCGCACAUCGUGCUCAACUACUUGGGAUUCCGGGAGGUGGUGGUAGCGUCGCCUUUCCUGCCUUCCAAGCUGCAGUCGCUGAGCGCGCUGGGCAGGUCGCCGGCGCUGCGCAAGGAGAUCUGCCUGAGCGCGGUCGCCGAGUCGCUCCCGGUCAUGACCCUCUACGCCGGAUUCAACGCCUUCAGGCAGGGACUGCACGACUUCAAGGCUGCAAACGUCACCGGAGCCACAAAAGACGCUGUCUCGUCCUUAGUGAAGAAAAUAAGCUGGAUGGAUGACGCGACGAAGACGAAGGUCUCAAAGAAGGUGCUGAGUAGCCACUUAAGAACCUUCCAUCCUGGCUGGAUAUCGGACAAGUUCAAGGUUUUCGCCCAACACGAAAACGUACCGAUGGUGACCGAAAACGAGGGUCUCCGUUCGUACGCGACCAUUCGGAAGGCGCUCUUCGAGAACACGUUGAAAACAGAAGCAGCUCACAUCGACGAAAGGUGGCUGGGUACCAUCCUUGACCCGGAGUGUUCCGCUGACGUCCAAGGAACAAACAUCUAUGCUCCGGUGUCCUUCUGGAACGUCUCGUAUCCGUCUCACGACAACUUCCUCAUGAUGCACAUGCCGGACACUCUGCCCAAGAUCUCUCGUUGCUUGGUGGCUCAGCUUCUGCGAGAAGGGGCCGGCGACCAUGCGAGUCCUUACUCGCAGCCCACGUGGUCAGACGCCACCAAGAAGCACUUCAAGAACGUGCGCCAGUGUUUCACCAAGCAGCUCUCCGAGACCGCCAGCCAGAACGCCUCGAAGACGGAGCUUCUUUCAGUGGUGGCAGACGCCGCUGCAAUCAGCCCAAGCUUCAAGAUCUACAAGUACUUUGUCAACCAGAAGAACAUCGAUGGCAAGAGCUUCGAGAAAACCUUCAACAUUAAUGUCGACCAGUUCUUCUUCGUUUCCUACGCAUCGAGCUACUGCGGGAGCUCUCCGCCUGCGAAGCCUUCCCAGCAUAGCGAGGUGACAAACCGUGACAGGGUGAACACCGCACUGAAGAACAGCCCCGAGUUCCACGCCGCCUUCCGGUGCCCUUCGACUCGCGCCAUGAACCCCGCGCAUCGCUGCCAGCUGUGGCACGCGUCGUGAACGCCACGAGCGCCUCGUUCGUCCGCAUCCGAACCGCCGACAGACGCAUGAGAAAAAACAAAACCUGGAUUCGACGCGAAAUCUCCGAAGAAGUUUUGUUUUCUGUACUCUGGGACCCCAUUGUGCCUGGACAUCAACAAAAAGUGCCGUGUCGACAAAGUGUUCUGUUACAUAAAUUUUUUUUUUCAGAUGCCGGC